CGGUGGGGCACGGACAGAACGUUAACUGCGCUGCAAUAUGCCUUGCCAAUUGCCGUUGCGCGCGGAGUAAGGCAUAUUCCGUAUCCAAUUGUGGACGCUGUGAUCUCACCGGGAUUAUUACGCAAUCAGUAACGAAAUUGAGGUACACGCGAAAAAAAAUUUUUUGUCUCAUAUCUCGCAAACUAGCCACUGGCGAAGAAUCUAGAGAGAAGAACGUGGACGAAAAUGGCGAGAAAAAUCAGCCACGUCGUACUGAUUAGUGCAUUGUUGGUCAGCACAUGUCUGACAGCUAGCGGACAACCGGACUGGACAAGCGAUUUAACUAGCAAUAUUCAUCGUAUGACCGAAAAUAUUAAUCGACAGGUGCAACAGUUCACUGAGCAGCUUCAAACGCGAAUACAACAUAACUUAGAGAGUUCAUUGCGACCCGCACUCGAAGAAGUCAAUAGAACAAUUCAGAAUCUGCCGAGAGAUGCAAACGGACAAAUAAUAACAAAUAGUGGUAGUACCAUUAUCGUUAAUUCUGGAAAUGGUGUAUCAAGAUCCAUCUUAUCCGGGCGCACGCCGGGAGGAGAAUCGUACGUCCGUGAUAUCGAAGAACGACAAGAAGGAAAUUUCCUUUAUCACAAUGAAAUUAUUUAUAAACCCCAAACCAACUCCAGUGAGACGAUUCGCUGGAAAUUGGACCUCGCGACUCCGGGAGCCAAACCUGAAAUCAUUACGGAAUAAAAAUUAAAACAAUAUUAAUUUUUAAUAGUAUACUCAACAUAUGCAAUAUAUACUGCAUAAACUUUACAUAAAGAAGGGAACGCAAGUCAAUCGUAAAAUGCAACCGUAAAAUCAUGAGUUACACGACAAAAGUCACAAUUAUCGAAUUGCGUAAAUCGGCAAAGCGAGCGUGGUGAAUUUUUAAUUAUGGUCUUGUGAAAGCGUCACAUAAUAAAUAUUCUUUCAAUUGAAGUAUGUGCAGACAUUAUCGGUUCUGUGAUAUUAAAAUCGAUACGCGUACGUUGCACACUGUGAUUUCAUGUACGUCGAUAUUAUGUACGUUCAGUUGAAUAAGCUUGUUAAUAAACAAUUUGUCAAUAGAUAAUUCUCUCCAACUUAUUUUUUAAUAAUAUGAAUAAAGUGCUUAUUAAUGAA